AUGAAUCGUAUUUUACAAACAAUAGCUCUCAUCUUUCUUGGCUGUUGUUCAAAUGUUGUAUUUCUUGAACUUAUUGUUAAACCAUAUCCUGGAAGUGGAAAUAUAGUAACAUUUGCUCAAUUUCUUUUUAUUGCUAUUGAAGGCUUUAUUAAUUAUUAUAAAUGGGGUUCAGUACAACGACAUGUUCCAAUCAAAUAUCCAUUACGUCAAAUAUUUUCUGUUUUAUUAAUUACAUUUGGAAUCUUCUUGGCAACAUACGCAUCUAGUCAAUCAUUGAAUAAACAAAAACAAGCAAGCAAUAUGGAAAUGACUGAAAUUAAACCUGACUUUUUUAAAUGGCUCAUUGGUAUUGGAAUGCUGAUAUUUGCUUUACUGGUUUCGGCAUUGAUGGGUAUCUAUCAAGAAACAAUUUAUGCAGAAUAUGGCAGAUAUCCUGAAGAAGCACUUUUUUAUUCACAUUUUCUACCGUUACCAUUAUUUGCAUUUGUUGGUAAACAUGUUUAUCAUCAUGCACAAUUAUUUAAUCAAUCAACUUGGUUACCUCUAUUUUCAAAUAUUGGUAUUCCAAUUAUGUGGGCUUAUUUAAUAUGUAAUGUGUUAACACAAUAUUUUUGUAUACGAUCUGUAUUUAUAUUAACAACAGAAUGUCCAUCAUUAAUUGUAACAUUAGUAAUAACAUUAAGAAAAUUUAUUAGUUUACUUUUUUCAAUAAUUUAUUUUCAAAAUGAUUUUACUUUGAAUCAUUGUAUUGGUACAGCAGCUGUUUUUAUAGGAACAUUUCUAUUUGCUGAUAUUCAUAAAGAAAUUUAUAAAUAUUUUAGACCACCACAUGAUCAUGUGGAAUAA